CCCUUGCCGGGGGCCGUAAAGCGCGGAAGGUCGCGGUCUCUCGCUUCCCCGGAACCUUUUUACUCCCUCCGCCCCGCCCCCUUCCCAUUCCCAGUGCCCCCGUUCUGGCGGCGGGACCCCCAGCGACUGUUGUGGCUGCUGCCCCGCUGCCGCCGGGGUGCUGCUGACGGCGGAGCCCGCGGCGGCCCGUGAGGUGCCCAUCCUGGAUGCUGGGAGAAUCCCGAUGAAGUUGUAAUUGGUCUCAGCCCCCAGAGAGCUCCGUUAUGAGAGGAGACUAAAAACUGCCACUUACCAAGUGCCUCUCAGUGUGCAUUUGGGGGAUCUCCUCCUUGGCCGAGUGGGAGCUCCGAGCUGCUGACAGACGUGAUGUUUUCCCGGGUGCUGUCGGUGGCCCGAAGACAGAGGACCGGCCGAGGAUGGCAGAACUGGUCGUCGGGGAGAAGCGGCGUGUCAGCUGCCGAGGCGCAUUCUGUCGCCCUGCCUGCCGAGGCGCAGGUGGUCAUCUGUGGUGGUGGGAUCAUGGGCACGUCCGUGGCCUAUCACCUCUCCAAGAUGGGCUGGAAGGAUAUUGUCCUUCUGGAGCAGGGCAGGCUGGCUGCUGGCUCUACGAGGUUCUGUGCCGGCAUCCUGAGCACCGCCAGGCACUUGACCAUCGAGCAGAAGAUGGCAGACUAUUCCAACAAGCUCUACCACCAGUUAGAGCACGAAACAGGGAUCCAAACAGGUUACAUAAGGACGGGCUCCAUCUUUCUGGCCCAAACUCAGGACCGGCUCAUCUCCCUGAAGCGCAUCAACUCCAGGCUCAAUGUCAUAGGCAUCCCUUCUGAGAUCAUCUCCCCCAAGAAAGUGGCUGAGCUUCACCCUCUCCUCAACGUGCACGACCUGGUGGGGGCCAUGCAUGUCCCUGAGGAUGCGGUGGUGUCCUCUGCUGACGUGGCUCUUGCCCUGGCAAGUGCCGCCUCCCAAAAUGGUGUGCAGAUCUAUGACCGGACAAGCGUGCUUCAUGUGAUGGUCAAAAAAGGCCAAGUAACCGGCGUGGAGACCGAUAAAGGACAGAUCGAGUGCCAGUAUUUUGUCAACUGUGCUGGUCAGUGGGCAUACGAGCUGGGUCUGUCCAACGAGGAGCCGGUUAGUAUCCCAUUACAUGCCUGCGAACACUUCUACCUCCUGACUCGCCCCUGGGAGACCCCUCUGCAGAGCAACACACCAACUAUUGUGGAUGCUGAUGGGAGAAUUUAUAUCCGCAACUGGCAGGGCGGCAUCCUGUCUGGGGGCUUUGAGAAGAACCCGAAGCCAAUAUUCACCGAGGGCAAGAACCAGCUGGAGAUUCAGAAUCUGCAGGAAGACUGGGAUCACUUUGAGCCCCUGCUGAGUUCCCUCCUGCGUCGGAUGCCGGAACUGGAGACUCUGGAGAUCAUGAAGUUGGUCAACUGCCCCGAGACCUUCACCCCAGACAUGAGGUGCAUCAUGGGCGAGUCUCCGGCCGUGCAGGGCUACUUCGUCCUGGCGGGAAUGAACUCUGCUGGCCUGUCGUUUGGAGGAGGGGCUGGAAGGUACCUCGCUGAAUGGAUGGUGCAUGGUUACCCAUCUGAAAGCAUCUGGGAACUGGACCUGAAACGUUUCGGAGCCCUCCAGAGCAGCCGCACCUUUCUGCGCCACCGGGUCAUGGAGGUCAUGCCUCUGCUGUAUGAUCUGAAGGUUCCCCGUUGGGACUUCCAGACUGGGAGGCAGUUACGCACAUCUCCUCUCUAUGACCGGCUGGAUGCACAAGGAGCCAGGUGGAUGGAAAAACAUGGAUUUGAGAGGCCGAAGUACUUUGUGCCACCAGACAAGGACCUCCUGGCCCUGGAGCAGAGCAAGACCUUCUAUAAGCCAGACUGGUUUGACAUUGUGGAGUCUGAAGUCAAGUGCUGUAAGGAAGCUGUGUGUGUCAUUGACAUGUCCUCUUUCACAAAGUUCGAAAUAACAUCCACCGGGGACCAGGCCUUGGAAAUUCUUCAGUACCUCUUCUCCAAUGACCUCGAUGUCCCCGUGGGCCACAUCGUGCACACUGGCAUGCUCAAUGAGGGCGGAGGGUACGAAAAUGACUGCAGCAUAGCACGCCUCAGCAAGCGCAGUUUCUUCAUGAUCUCCCCAACCGACCAGCAGGUCCACUGUUGGGCCUGGCUUAAGAAACACAUGCCGGAGGACAGCAACCUGCUUCUGGAGGACGUCACCUGGAAAUACACUGCCCUCAACCUGAUUGGCCCUCGAGCUGUGGACGUGCUGUCUGAGCUGUCGUAUGCCCCUAUGACUCCAGACCACUUCCCAAGUCUCUUCUGCAAGGAGAUGAGCGUGGGCUACGCCAACGGGAUCCGGGUGAUGAGCAUGACUCACACCGGAGAGCCGGGAUUCAUGCUGUACAUCCCCAUAGAGUACGCCCUACACGUGUACAACGAAGUGAUGAGUGUUGGGCAGAAAUAUGGAAUCCGGAAUGCUGGCUAUUAUGCUCUUCGUAGUCUUCGAAUUGAGAAGUUCUUUGCCUUCUGGGGUCAGGAUUUAAAUACGCUCACCACCCCCCUAGAAUGUGGACGGGAAUCCCGGGUGAAACUGGACAAGGGGAUGGAUUUCAUUGGCCGGGAUGCCUUGGUGCAGCAGAAACAGAACGGGGUGUACAAACGCCUCACCAUGUUCAUCCUGGAUGAUCACGACACGGACCUGGACCUCUGGCCCUGGUGGGGAGAGCCCAUCUACCGCAACGGGCAGUACGCGGGCAAGACCACCAGCAGCGCCUACAGCUACACCCUGGAGCGCCACGUGUGCCUGGGCUUCGUGCACAAUUUUUCCGAGGACACUGGGGAAGAACAGGUGGUGACAGCCGAUUUCAUCAACCGGGGAGAGUAUGAGAUUGACAUCGCGGGACACCGGUUCCAGGCCAAGGCCAAGCUCUACCCCGUCGCCUCCCUCUUCACCCACAAGCGCCGAAAGGAUGACGUGGAGCUAAGUGACUUGCAUGGGAAGUAAUGCCAGUCCCAACCCUCUGCCUCCCAGAUAGGAUUUUAAACUUCACCGGUUUUUAAACCUUUUGCUCUGCAACCUUCCUUCUUCCACCUUCCCUCUUCCUUUUUGCAGUGCAGUUUCCCAUCUAAUACUUGCUCUGGGCUGCUCUUCCUGCCUUUCCCCCACCUCCUCCCCACGGUGACAUGAAGCAUGUGGGACAGGCAGGACAGGUAGAGACUGUACUCGUGUAAAUAGGGAGCCAGGAGUCUGAUUUCUGUACCUGCGUCUAGAAGCAGGGGAACUGGGUGUGUGCAGGCCGCGGGGCAAGUGUCUUGCUCCGUGAGGCUGACUUUUCUCGGAGGAACCUGCUCCCCUCGGCGGGUUGCUGUGUGAGAGCCCAUGCUGGGGGUUGGCACCGAUCCCUCUGCAAGAGGAUGACCAUCUACCUCACUCACGAGCGGCACCACAUGGACGUUCUCUGGUCGGUAGCAAACAGCCGACAGGCCACGUUCCGGCCUCCCUGCUGACACGGUUACUAGACUCUCGGGUCAGGGCCACCCAGCUAACAUUUCCUUCCCGUCUUGCAGAUCUCUAGGGAGAGUUGGGGGCCUGAGGAAACAAGCCAACAGUGUUUGAAAGGGAAAGACCAUGUUGCCUUUUGUGUUGAUCCUCUUAGAAAAUCGACUGCGCGGAGGUGGUUUUCUGCAGUCUGAACAGUGCUGCUGCUUUUAGCUGCGGAAAGCUUAGUCGACCCAUCUUGACCUUCUCCAGGUGCAUCUGACUUUGCCGAGUGGGUCUGCACCAGCAGGGGCAGGAGAGGGGCCAAACACUGCUGUCCCUUUGGAACAGGGAGGGUUUGCAGUCUUGGUGACCAUAGCUCUGGAAUAGAAAAUGACCUGCUAAGGUGAGGCUGGGCUGUCACUUCUGUCUACCUUUGCACUUAGUCCAAUUAGGGCAGUUUAUAUACAAAGUGCUAUCACAGAUUUGAAUGAACUUUCUUGGAAUCUUAGAAGCAUCUUAGCUCUGACAAGUCUGUAAAUCCAUUAAAGAGCCUUUCGUUGGAGUUGAGCAGCUUAGAGCUCUCGGGUGUCUGCCCACUCAGGCAUUUCUUUGGCAUCUCGGUUUACCCACUUCAUCAGAUUGAUUCCUGUAAGUAACUUCUUGUCCCUAGCCAGACAGUUCCUACUUGAUUAUUGACUGUAGUGUCUGUCCACUUUCUAAAGGAGGUCUUAGUUGAUUUACCCAGGGAGUAUGUGACUAGAAGUGUUAGGGCCUCGCUUUGUGACCGGCUGAGAGAUCCUGCCCCAGGGCAAGGCCGAUGUGGGGGAGGUGUCGCUCUGCUGGCUAGCAGAGCAGGAGCCUGCUCCAUGGAGGGGUUAGCAGCAGGGGCCCAACUGACCGAGCAAGCCAGAAACAGCCACUAUAGAGCUAAAGGGAGCCCUUCCCUGGACCACUCUCAUCUUUGAAGAAUUUGGGGCUGAAUCUAAAAGAAGUUCUAGACUUCUGUGUAUAUUACAUCUUGCCCAUAAAUAGGGGACACUUACUUAUAAGACUCUGGCAAAAUGUGUGUAUGCAGUGCCCUGACACCCUUAGCUCUUGGUACUUUCAAAUUCACCCUAGAAAUCUCCUUGGGUUAAUGGUGUGAAUCUGGCACUUGGCUCUCUUUGGUGCUAACCCUGAAGUGGAUGACUCGUUUCUGACUUCAGCAUACCUGACAGGACAUCCUCCAGUCCGUCAUUUCCAUCAUGGGUUUGCAUUGGGUGACUGCUCAUCUCUCCCUAGAGAGUUGAAGGAUCUGGAUGCUCGUGAAUGGUGGUGGGACUCGGUUUCAGAUGGCUGGUGCUUUUUUCUCUGUGCAGUGAUCCUUCAUUACCUCUUAGGUCUCUUGAGGGAGGGGCUCUGUGUUGUUGCUCUAGCUUGUCCACAUAUUCAACUGAAGAAUCUUUUUGAAUCUGGAAAUACAAAGCAUGCCAGCCUCAGAUGAACACAGCAGCAAGGGACAAGAUGCACCUGCUUGGCUAGCCUACCUGAUGUCCUGUGACCUGUGCUCGAGUCACCACACUACAUGUCUAGUGCUCCAGCGGAGGGGGGUGCUGUACCCCCAAAUAUGAGAUGCGUUCAGAGCAGGGGCCCAGAGACCACUGAGCCCAGUGAGGACCCUCAGUUACCCUGUUUCCACAGGAGGAGAGUCCAGCCACUUGGACUCUAACCAGGAGACAGGCUGUCCCUGGAUUCUGCCUCCUUAAACAGACCAACAGUUUCACCUCUUGCCCUUCUUUCUAAAAGUGGAAAGAAUGGAAACUAAUUUGACAAUAAACUACUUACAGAUUUUUAAAAAGAUUACAAAACAAAAUAAAAGUGGAAAGUAACUCCUGCUUUCUCCCUUACCCUGCCUCUGAACGCAUUUGAAAGGCUAACCCCCCCCACCCCCACGGAAGCAGCAGGAAUGACAGUUUUCUAUAAAUGGUUUUGCUUCAUCAAAGCGAGAACCAGUCACCUUGAUGUCUGGCUGUUUCUCGUCUGCCUGAUGUGCCGGCACCUGAGCGAGUCUUCACCGUCCUCUGCCGCCCUGUGCAAGAGAAGAGGGAUCUUCUGUAAGGUGCACACAGCAGCUUACACAACUGCACGGGCUUUGCUUUCAGGGGUUAGCAACCAGGUUAUGUUCUGUCUUCCUGGAGCUGCUUGGCCACUAUAAUCAGCAAGGGUCCCCUUUAGUAUCUAAGGUGGGGGUUUGGUCACUAGCACUUCAUACUGAAGAACUUUCCAUGGUUUUCAUCUCCUUUCUGCACACCGCCCUUACCCCACAUCCCUCCCGAACUUGACAGCAGCAGCUUUUCAUCAGCCUGAGAAAGGGAAAAUAUUCAUGAGUCAAGACUUGUCAUUUGCAGGCACAUGGAUUCAGGAGAAACACAGCAGAGGGGGCGAUGUGGCAGGUGAGUCUGAGGCACCACCCAUGUCCGGCCGUGAGCUGGGAGCAAGCUGUGCUUCUCCCGCCACCCCCCCCCCGGCCUCACGUUACGGUGCUGAGUGUAAGGCUCCUCCAUCAUCCGCACAGGACUUGGGUUUGCACUCCUCCAUCACUACAGAUGCACUAUUUUUCAAGAGAACUAUUUUUGUAUGUCUUUGCCUUCUCUUUGUCCAUGAGACGCCAGAGUUAUUCAUUGUACAAUGAUUCUUCACUUCUCUGAGCACAGAAUCUGCAUCCCUUGGAGAAUUACACAUUUCUUCAUGGGCUUUUUUCCUCUUAUUUAGAUGUACCUUUUUUUAUCCUUUGCAAACCUUCUGCCUUCUUGGGUUUCUGUCUCUAAAGGAUAGAAAUUACAAGGAGCGAGGAGGAUAUUUUUAGUAUCUGUUUCAAAGAUGUAUGCCGGGAUUUCCUCUGCACACCAGGAACUGGAGCUCGGAGCACCUCUCUUCUCCGAGCCCUGUUCUCGUGCCUUCCACCAGAAUGGCCCACGGUGGAUGUAGGCAGGAAGGACAAAAGAAACUGCACUCACUCUGAGGGUUUCCCAUCCACCCCCCCAUAGCUUCCCUUCCCCCCAAUCAAACAGGGAUAGAAAGUUUCUGCAUCUUGUUUCAAUCAAGGACUUUCUAGCAGCACAGCUAACACUUCACUCUCCAGUCUGCUCUUGGGACACAGGAAAAUGCCAUUGUAAUUAGCGUACAGUGCUGUGACUCCUAUUUACACUUAUAAAUGUGCAGUUCACUCAGCCCCUUUCUGUGUGUAGUGACAGGUGCUGCUUGGUCAUGGGAGGCACUUCAUGGGGUGGGGUCUUUCUCAGGAGCCCUGGUGACUUUAGGUCCCCAGGGGAACUGAGCAUUUCUGUCUCCAUGAAUGUGGUAUUAACAUCAUACCCUGUAUUUCUAUCUAAUUGGAUUCCAAUUAAGAUGUUCUCUUCAUGCUACUACGUUUGUAAAUGAAUAAACAGACAUUUUAAUUAC